AUGUCGGGAUACCAAGGAGGCCAUGGCCAUGGCGGCCAUGGCUAUGACGAUGGCUACGGCGGCGGCCAUCAUGGCAACGACGGCUACUACCAGGACAACGGGCAGUACUACGACAAUGGCUACGGUGGCCGUGGUGGUCACGGUGGCCAAGGCGGUGACGGGUACUAUGACGAAUCCGGUUACUACCAUGCCGAUCCCAACAACCCUUAUCACCAGGACGGUGGCUAUUAUGACAACCCUGAUCAGUAUCGCGACGAUUACUACAACGAUGGCUACUACGACCAGGGUUACGACCGCCGGGGUUACGGUCAGCGCAAUGGCUCGGAGGAGGAGUCCGAGGCGUUCAGUGAUUUUACGAUGCCGUCCGAUAUGGCACGAGCCGCUAACAUGGACUACUACGGACGCGGCGACGAGCAGUACGACGGCUACGACGGUCACAACGGCGGCUAUCGCCCCCCAUCGUCGCAAUUCUCCUAUGGCGGCAACCGUUCCUCUGGCGCGUCGACCCCGGCCUAUGGCGACUAUGGCGCCCCGAUCCCUCAGCGUUCCCGCGAGCCGUAUCCUGCCUGGACCUCGGACGCUCAAAUUCCCCUGUCGAAGGAGGAAAUUGAGGACAUCUUCCUGGACCUGACCGCCAAGUUUGGUUUCCAGCGCGACAGCAUGCGCAACAUGUACGACCACUUCAUGACCCUCCUCGAUUCAAGGGCCUCCCGCAUGACACCGAAUCAGGCCCUGUUGUCCCUGCACGCUGAUUACAUCGGCGGCGAUAACGCGAAUUACCGCAAGUGGUACUUCGCUGCCCAGCUGGAUCUAGACGACCAGGUCGGUUUCGCGAAUUUGAAGGGCAGGAAGAAGGGCAAGAAGGGCAAGAAGAACGAUCAGCCUCAGAGCGAGGCUGAGAUGCUCCAGGAGCUCGAGGGUGACGACUCGCUCGAGGCUGCCGAGUACCGCUGGAAGACCCGCAUGAAUAAGAUGUCGCAGCAUGAUCGUGUUCGCCAGCUCGCCCUCUACCUCCUCAUCUGGGGUGAGGCGAACCAGGUCCGCUUCAUGCCCGAGUGUCUCUGCUUCAUCUUCAAGUGCGCCGACGAUUACCUCAAUUCGCCUGCUUGCCAGAACAUGGUCGAGCCCGUCGAGGAGCUCACUUUCCUGAACAACGUCAUCACCCCUCUCUAUCGCUUCCUUCGCGACCAGGGCUACGAAAUCCUUGACGGCAAGUAUGUCCGUCGCGAGAAGGACCAUGCCCAGAUCAUCGGUUAUGACGACUGCAACCAGCUCUUCUGGUAUCCCGAGGGUAUUGAGCGCAUCGUGCUGGAGGACAAGAGCAGGCUCGUGGAUAUCCCUCCCGCUGAGCGCUAUCUCAAGCUCAAGGACGUUAACUGGAAGAAGGUCUUCUUCAAGACCUACCGUGAGACGCGCUCGUGGUUCCACAUUCUCGUCAACUUCAACCGUAUCUGGGUUAUUCACCUGACUAUGUUCUGGUUCUUCACGGCUUAUAAUGCCCCGACGCUCAUUACGCCGAACUACGAGCAGCAGCUCAACAACGGUCCUCCUCCGGGUGCGUAUUGGUCUUUCGUCGGUUUUGGUGGUGUCAUCGCCGCUGCGAUCCAGGUCUUUGCUACCCUGGCCGAGUGGGCGUACGUACCGCGCAAAUGGGCUGGUGCUCAGCACCUGACCAAGCGUCUACUCUUCUGUCUUGUCGUCCUGAUUGUCAAUAUCGCUCCCGGCGUCUACGUCUUCAUGCCUGCUGAGAACCUGGAUGCUUAUCUCAAGCGGCAGAACGAGAAGACUACGCUGAUUGUCGGUAUUGUCCACUUCUUCAUCGCCCUGAUCACCUUCCUGUUCUACUCGAUCCAGCCGCUGGGUGGCUUGUUUGGCAGCUACCUGACGAAGCACCCGAGGAGAUAUGUUGCCAGCCAGACCUUCACCGCUAGCUGGCCUCGGCUCAAGGGUAACGACAUGGCCUUGUCCUACGGCAUCUGGAUAACGGUCUUUGGGGCGAAGUUCGGAGAGUCUUAUGUCUAUUUGACACUCUCGAUCCGCGAUCCCAUCCGGUAUUUGAUGCUCAUGGACACCACCAGUUGCUGGGGUGACACUAUUGUCAAGAAGUACCUCUGCGAUUACCAGCCUCAUAUCACCCUGGCCAUCAUGCUCUUCACCGACUUGAUCUUCUUCUUCCUCGACACCUAUCUCUGGUGGGUCUUGCUCAACACGGUCUGCUCGAUUGCCCGGUCCUUCUACCUCGGUUCUUCGAUCUGGACGCCCUGGCGCAACAUCUUCUCGCGCCUGCCCAAGCGUAUCUACUCCAAGGUCCUGGCUACGACCGACAUGGAGAUCAAGUACAAGCCCAAGGUGCUCGUCUCGCAGAUCUGGAAUGCCAUCGUUAUCUCGAUGUAUCGCGAGCAUCUGCUGGCUAUAGACCAUGUCCAGAAGCUGCUCUACCACCAGGUUCCUUCUGAGCAGGAAGGCAAGCGUACGCUCCGCGCUCCGACCUUCUUCGUGUCGCAGGAAGACCACUCCUUUAAGACCGAGUUCUUCCCCAGCCAUAGUGAGGCUGAGCGUCGUAUCUCGUUCUUUGCCCAGUCUUUGUCGACCCCGAUUCCUGAGCCGCUGCCUGUGGACAACAUGCCGACCUUCACCGUCAUGAUUCCCCACUACAGCGAGAAGAUCCUCCUUUCGCUCCGUGAGAUCAUUCGCGAGGACGACCCGUAUUCGCGUGUCACGCUUCUCGAGUACCUCAAGCAACUGCACCCCCAUGAGUGGGAUUGUUUUGUCAAGGACACCAAGAUUCUGGCGGACGAGACCUCUCAGAUGAACGGCGAGGAGGACAAGGAGAAGGACCAGGCCAAGAGCAAGAUCGAUGAUCUCCCCUUCUACUGCAUCGGUUUCAAGUCGUCGGCUCCUGAGUACACGCUUCGCACCCGUAUCUGGGCCUCUCUGCGCUUCCAGACCCUCUACCGCACUAUUUCCGGUUUCAUGAACUACAGUCGUGCCAUCAAGCUUCUCUAUCGGGUCGAGAACCCCGAAGUCGUCCAGAUGUUCGGCGGCAACUCCGAUAAGCUCGAGCGUGAGCUGGAGCGUAUGGCUCGGCGCAAGUUCAAGCUGGUGGUCUCGAUGCAGCGUUUCGCCAAGUUCAAGAAGGAGGAGAUGGAGAACGCCGAGUUCCUGCUCCGUGCCUAUCCCGACCUGCAGAUCGCCUACCUCGACGAAGAUCCGCCGGUUGCUGAGGGUGAAGAGCCUCGCCUGUACUCUGCUCUUAUCGACGGUCACUCGGAGAUCAUGGAGAACGGCCAGCGCAAGCCCAAGUUCCGCAUUCAACUCUCCGGCAACCCGAUCCUUGGUGAUGGCAAAUCGGACAACCAGAACCACGCUCUCAUCUUCUACCGCGGCGAGUACAUCCAGCUUAUCGACGCCAACCAGGACAACUACCUGGAGGAAUGCCUCAAGAUCCGCAGCGUCCUGGCCGAGUUCGAGGAGAUGAAGACCGACAACGUUUCCCCCUACACCCCUGGCGUCAAGAACCCCGUCAAGAACCCGGUCGCCAUCCUGGGUGCUCGCGAGUACAUCUUCUCUGAGAACAUCGGUAUCCUUGGUGACGUCGCCGCCGGUAAGGAACAGACAUUCGGUACGCUCUUCGCCAGAACCAUGGCCCAGAUCGGCGCCAAGCUGCACUAUGGUCACCCCGACUUCCUGAACGGCAUCUUCAUGACUACUCGCGGUGGCGUCUCCAAGGCUCAGAAGGGUCUGCAUCUCAACGAGGAUAUUUACGCCGGUAUGAACGCUAUGCUCCGUGGUGGUCGCAUCAAGCACUGCGAAUACUACCAGUGCGGUAAGGGUCGUGAUUUGGGUUUCGGCUCCAUUUUGAACUUCACCACCAAGAUCGGCACUGGUAUGGGUGAGCAGAUGCUCUCUCGCGAGUACUACUACCUCGGCACGCAGCUCCCUCUGGAUCGCUUCCUCGCCUUCUACUACGCCCAUCCUGGUUUCCACGUCAACAACAUGUUCAUCAUGUUGUCGGUGCAGCUCUUCAUGAUCACCCUGCUCCAGAUCGGCGUCCUCCGGAGGGAGACCAUCCCGUGCGAGUACAACCGCGACGUUCCCAUCAAGGAUCCCAUGUUCCCGACCCGCUGCUCCAACACGGACGCGCUCAUGGACUGGAUCUACCGCAGUGUUCUCUCCAUCUUUUUCGUCUUCUUCUUGUCGUUCGUGCCGCUGUUCGUGCAGGAGCUUAUGGAGCGCGGUCUUCUGCGCGCUGCGACUCGUUUCGCGAAGCAGAUCUGCUCGCUCUCGCCUUUCUUCGAGGUCUUCGUCUGCCAGAUCUACGCCAACUCCGUGCAGGCCGAUAUCACCUUCGGUGGUGCCCGCUACAUUGGUACUGGUCGUGGUUUCGCUACAGCUCGUAUUCCCUUCGGCGUCCUCUACUCGCGUUUCGCUGGACCGUCCAUUUACUUCGGUGCGCGCCUCUGCAUGAUGCUCUUGUUCGCGACACUCACGGUCUGGCAAGUCGCCCUGGUGUAUUUCUGGGUGUCCCUGUUGGCGCUGGUCAUUUCGCCUUUCCUCUACAACCCUCACCAGUUCGCCUGGACCGACUUCUUCAUCGACUACCGCGAGUACCUGCGCUGGCUCUCUCGUGGCAACUCUCGCUCGCACGCCUCGUCGUGGAUCGCCUACUGCCGUCUCUCGCGUACCAGAAUCACUGGUUACAAGCGCAAGGUCAUUGGCGAUCCUUCUGGCAAGCUCUCCGCCGAUGUUCCUCGUGCCGCCAUUACCAACAUUUUCUGGUCCGAGAUGCUCACUCCGUUCUGCCUGGUCCUUGUCACCGUGAUUCCUUACCUCUUCAUCAACGCGCAGACGGGCGUCUUGCCAGAGAACAAUAAAGGCAAGAAGCUGGCCGCCACCGCUUCCCUCAUCCGCCUCGCCAUUGUCGCCUUCGCCCCUAUCGCCAUCAACGCGGGUGUCCUAGCCGCCAUGUUCGGCAUGGCUUGCUGCAUGGGUCCGGUGCUUAGCAUGUGUUGCAAGAAGUUCGGUGCCGUGUUGGCUGCCAUUGCCCACGCUGUUGCGGUCAUUGCCCUGCUCGUUUUCUUUGAGGUCAUGUACGUCCUCGAGGGCUUCGACUUCACCCGCACUCUCCUUGGCAUGAUCGCAGUCGUGGCCAUCCAACGCUGGUUCUUCAAGCUCAUCAUCUGCCUUGCCCUUACCCGCGAGUUCAAGACCGACCAGUCCAACAUCGCCUUCUGGACAGGCAAGUGGUAUUCUAUGGGUUGGCACACCAUGUCCCAGCCGGCACGUGAAUUCCUCUGCAAGAUCACAGAGCUUAGCAUGUUCGCUGCCGACUUUAUCCUUGGCCACGUCAUCCUCUUUAUGAUGCUGCCCAUCAUCCUGAUUCCUCAGGUUGACAAGCUGCACUCGAUGAUGCUAUUCUGGCUGCGCCCUAGUCGUCAAAUCCGCCCGCCAAUCUACUCGAUGAAGCAGACCAAGCUUCGUCGCCGUCGCGUCAUCCGCUACUCCAUCCUUUACUUCACCCUGUUGAUCGUGUUCGUUGCCCUGAUGGUCGGCCCGUCCGUCGCCGGCAAGCACAUCCCUCUUGACUCGCUCGACGACCUCAUCUCCAAGUACAAGCUCAUGCAGCCGACUGGCCUUAACAAUGACAACACGCUCGGCAGGAAGCCGACUGGUACGGAUGCCUGGCCGUCGUACAGCGGUAUCUGGAAAGGUCCUUCGUCGACGACCGUUGGUCCGAGGCCGACUAAGAGCGCCGACGACAGGCGGAUGUUGCUCCUCUGA